CCGUGCCAACCAUUUCCAACUCAAACUCACAAAGCAAACUUUCCAAUUUUCUUUCAAGUUUUUCGAAUAAGUAAAUCCUUAACCUUUAAGAAUGUCCUCACGUGUGGAACGUCAUAUGGAAGCCGAAGUGUGCCGUGGCGGUGCGUACUGCCCACCCAACUGUGCCUACCAUAACCGGAAUAUGAAGAGCGAGCAGUACGAACGCAAGGAGGUCCACCGCGAUGAUUCUCGUCAACCACAGCAGGAGAUGCGCCGUGACAGUGCCGGUUCCCGUCAACAACAACAGGAGAUGCGCCGUGACAGUGCCGGUUCUCGCCAACAACAGCAGGAGAUGCGCCGGGAUGAUUCUCGUCAACAACAGGAGGUGCGUCGUGAUAAUAGCGAUUCCCGCCAACAACAACAGCAGCCACAGUAUCAGGAGGUCCGUGUGGAACGGGAAACCUAUGAGCAACAGCCGCGGGACUCGCGCGGCGAACAGCGAGACGACUAUAAUCGUCAGCAACAAGUAUAUCGCGGUGAACGCCGGGACGAUUAUGAUCGCCCCCCGAUGCGGGAGCACGAGAAGGAGGUGGUCAAUGAGACGCAUGUCCAUACGGAAAUCCGCGCCCCGCUGGUGGCGCCCCCGGUGGCCCAUGUCGAAGUCCAAGGUGGUUUUGGCGAUCUGGCGGCCGGCUUCACGGGCAGCUCGGCCCGCUACACCGCCACCAGCGGUGAGGUCUUCGUCCAGCCAAGUCCCCGGGCGUUGGAAGAGGCGCGCCGCGAUUCCCUGUCGCACCAGAAGGAAGCCGACUCCAUUGCCCGCGCCCAUGAACAGGAUCUGAUGAAGCGCUCGGAAAAGUACCAGAGCGAGACGGAAGCCGAAGCCCUGAAGAUCCGCAAGGAGAUGGAGAAGCAGCACGAACGCGAUAUCGCGUUCCGUAAGAGCUUGAUCGAUUCGGCCGUCGACCGACAGAUCCGCGAGGUGGAUCUGGAAGCACGCAUGGCGAAGCGGGAGCUGCUGCGGGAGGCGCAGAUUGCCAAGGAGCAACUGGAUCGGGCAUCGGCGGCUACCACGGUGGAGGUGGAUCUCAAGACAGCCGUUGGCCACACCCAUUCUGCUGGGGUAACGGCAUCGGAAACGGUCAUGCGCGACGUUCGCACCAACCAGUAAACCCGGACAUCACGAUGCUGCAAACCGAUGCCAAAUGCUUUCAGCCAAUUAUUAUAAAUUAUAAUUAUAAUAUUCACUCAUUUUAUAAUGAUUACAAUUGUAUAAAAUUUUCGCGCUUUAGCCGCACAGAUUCUGGUUAUGCAGAAUUAACUUCUUUUAACGCUUCGUCUCAUUCCUUCUUUGUUAUUUGAGACAAAAACGCACUGAAUCACUGCACGAGUGAAUCGCUUAUUAAGAAAAAUAAAAAUCAAGCAAUGA